AUGAGCGCCGUGGUCCGGAAAUUGACUCGCAGUCCAACAGUCAAUCACCUUGGUGGGGGAAGCGAUGCCUUUGUCUUCAAAAUCGAUUACACCCCCAAACUGACCGAGACGCUCUUGCCGCCUAAGGACGACGAACGGUUGACUGUGAUCUUCGACUUAGACGAGACACUCAUUCACACGCAUUCUUUAUUGCCAGAAGACUCAAAACACUCUCGGGAAACUUGUAAAGUCGUUGUACAAAACAAGGAAUAUACAACAAGCAUCCGUCCUGGCGCAAUACAAUUCUUACGACAACUCAGUAAAACGUGCGAGGUUGUAUUGUUCACCGCUUCGAAACAGGUCUAUGCAGACCAGAUAAUCGACUACAUGGAGAAGGAUGGAAAGAUCUUCGAACACAAACUGUAUCAACAGAGUUGCAAGAAUAAGUUCGGGCGUGUCUAUAAGGACGCUACAAAGCUUGGAAGAGACAUCAAGAACGUCGUCAUCUUCGACGACUGCGAACUCGUAUGGACGAUGACACAAGACAAACUCGUAGUGUGCAAACGAUACGAGGGCGGACAGGAUGACAACGAAAUCGACAACAUGCAGAAGCACCUCGACAAAGUCAUCAACGAGCGGCUCACAACCUCGUGUUUUUUCUAA